AUGUCAUCAAAUUUAUGUACAAAUUCAAAUCGUUUCAAUAAUUCAAUAAGCAAUGGCAGCCGUUCGUCAAAAUUGAAUCAACAACAACAAAAUUCACAAAGAACUGAUAUAAAUUCUUUAGUUGAUGACGAUAAUACUACUGAUAGUAUUGGUAGUAAUAACAGUAGUAGUAUAAAGCAUACAUCAUGGUCACCAAGUGAAAAUUCCAAUAAUAAUAAUAAUAAUAUCAAUAGUAACAACCGGGGAAAUUCUUCUUUAAAAGAUCAAAAUCAUAUUUCCAUAAAUGGGGAUUUACAGCAGCAACAACAAGGAAGAUGUUCAACGAAAAAUGAAGCAUUGAAUCCAUUGUCGGAUAUGAAUAGUCAAUGUCUAAUAAUUGAGCAAAGAUCUAAGACUUCAAUCAGUUUUGAUAGCAUGCAAUCAACACAUAGUAACCAUUCAAAUUCUAUUAAACAUGAUCAUUGCUCAUUGACCUCAUCGAAAUCACCACCAUUAUCUCCAUCCAAUUCGUCGUCGUCGUCAUCAUCAUCAGUAGCAUCAAAUCAUAGUCUUUCAUUUAGAAAUAAUGAAAAUUCUCAGUGGAACAAUAAUCAUAACAUUCGUAGAGAUGCCACUACUAUUAACUCUUGUAAUACAAAAUCUCAAGCAGACAUGGUUGAUAAAUCAAAUUCACCAACUGAAGAUAAUUCAUAUAAUGUUAAAUUAUCAAGAUACAGUCAUCAACAGCACCGACGUCAAUCCAAUAAAUCAAAUUUAUCAUCUUAUUGUAUGUCAUCAGAUCAUGAGAUGAAUUAUAAUGAAGAAUGUCAAAAAAGACAACUAUUAGGUAAAGACUUAGAUGUAGAAGGGAAAAAGUAUAAUGAGGAUGAAGAAGAGGAGAGAGAAGGUGUUGAAUAUAAAAAUGAUUGUGUUGAUGGUGCUGAAGCUAACGGUGAUAUAGACGAUAUUGAUGGUGUUAAUCAUGUAGAUCGGAAUAAUGCUAAUGAUGAUAAUAACGAUGACGACGAUGAUGAUGAUAACGAUGAUGACAAUGAUAAUCCCUAUUCAAUUGAUCAACAAACUAACCAUCAUUAUUCAACGUCAUUUCCAACAUUGACUUCAGAUAGUUUAAGUAAUUGUAUAUCACCAAUGUUAGCUGCCGCCGCAAUGGCUGCGUUAACCACUGGUUGUUUUCCAACACCAUGUAAUCAAUUAAGUCAGUUAAAUUAUUCAUUAUUAUCUAAAUCUUAUGGAAUAUCUCAAUUAUCACCAUCACCAACUCCUCUGCAUCCACCACCACCACUAACAUUACAACCACCUGUACCCCCUUCAUCAUCAUCGUCGUCGGCACAUACGCAACGUUCACACAUAACAAAACAACAACAACUAGCAUUUUUGAAUUCAACACCAAACAGAAAUUCAAAGGUGAGCGGUACUCAUCAUUCGCACUCUCAUCAUCACCAACAUAAUAAUUGUAAUAAUAAUAGUGUCAGUAUUAAUAGUCUAUCAUCAGUCGGUUGUAAUUCGUCAUCUCCAAUUCAUUCGAUUCAUUCAAAUAAUGAUGGUUAUAAUACAAUUACUAAUAAUAAAAAGCAAUUUAAACAAUUAUACGUUAUUUCAGAUGAUCCAAAAAGAAAAGAAUUUCUUGAUGAACUUUUUGUUUAUAUGCAAAGAAGAGGUACACCAGUUAAUCGAAUACCAAUUAUGGCUAAACAAGUUUUGGAUUUAUAUGAACUAUUUCAAUUAGUUGUUGCACGUGGGGGUCUAGUUGAAGUGAUUAAUAAAAAAUUAUGGCGUGAAAUAACUAAAGGUUUAAAUUUGCCUUCAUCAAUUACAAGUGCUGCAUUUACAUUAAGAACACAAUAUAUGAAAUAUUUAUACCCAUAUGAAUGUGAAACACUUGGAUUAAGUUCACCAAAUGAAUUACAAGCUGCAAUUGAUGGUAAUCGACGUGAAGCUAGACGUAGUUCUUAUACAUUUGAUUAUCCUAUAAUGAAUCCACCAAAUACAUCACGUUCUACUUCACCAGUCAGUACAACGACAGGAAAUCUACAAACAACACCAACAACGACUACCACUCCUAAUACGAUGACAACAUCAAAUACCAUGCCGAAUUCACCAUCUCCAUUAAGUGUAAAUCCUUCAUUAUCUAAUUCCAUUGUAUAUCCUAAUUCAUUAGGAUUUCCUAAUGGAUCUAAUUCUGAUGUAAAUCAAUUAUUAUCGAAUAUUCCAACAGGUUCAACAUCAUUUUGUACGAAUAAUUUGGGAUUUAAUACCCAAUUUGGACAAUUCAAUCCAUUUCUUACUAUACCAACAGGAUCAUUACCUACAAAUGGAUUAGGACUUCAAACAUCAUCUACAAUCUCAUCAUCUGCAACAGCAUCAGCAACAGUUCCUUCCAAUCAAAUGGGGGAUAAUCCAGUGAAUUUAUUCCCAUCACAUUUAUUACCAUCAAUGGUAUCUGGUCCAAAUUUUUCCAUAAUUGGAUCACAUUUUCAAGGUUUCAAUACAUCAUUAAAUAAUUCCGAUGAUCCAUUCAUAACGUCUUCAUCAUCAUCAUCUAUACAACCAGGAACUAUUUUACCUGGUAUACCAAAUAAUUUUACUGAUCCUAAUGCUAUGGCAGCAGCAGCUGCAGCAGCGGCAACGUUGUUUGGUGCAGGAUUUCCGACACUGCCUGGAGCUUUUACAGCCACACCACCAUCGUUGCCACUGUCAUUACAAACAACGAUAUCAAUAAAUACACCAUCAUUAACAACAACAGCGACGACAUUAAACAAUUCAUAUCUUGUAAAUAAUUCAUCAUUAAUUAACCAAUCAGAUGGAUGUCUUAAAUUUCCCAUAUUAAAUAAUCUGCGUAAUCAAGCGAAUCAUUCAAAUCCCAAUAAUGUGUUGAUCGAUACAAAUGAAAGUAAUACAUCUAGUGGAUUGAGGUCCAAGAAUAAAUUAACCCUACAUGAUAAUGAUGAUUGUCAAUUCACUUCAAGUUUACCAUUAAAUUUAACAGCAAAUGAAACUAACCUAAUCAAUUUAGAUGAGAAAGGUACUUCAUACAUAGAUAGUGAUCCCAGAUCCUCACUUAUGCCAUUAGAUCAUGAAAAGUUGAAUAAUAAAUUACAAUAUUAUAAUAACGAUGAAAAUGAAUUAAUUGCUUUGCACUCAGAUGAACGAUUUAUUCAAAAAGAUGGUAAAGACAAUCUGUUGAACAAUUUCAAUGAAACUGAUCGAAAAGUAAAUAAUCCUCGUCAUCGUCAUCAUCAUCAUAAAGAUUCUACUGCGUCUGAUGGUGAUGAUGAUGACCAUCAUAACAACGAUGGGGAUGAUGAUGAUACUUUAUUACAUACUGAUUGUUCUGAUAUUCAUAAUGAAAACAUAGAAUUAACAUGUAAAUCUAAUCCACCAGUAGAAGUGAAUAAACGUGAACUAACUGGAACAAAUAAUACUAUUAAUAAUAGUAACAGAUUACAACAAACAAACUUCUCUUUCGAAAGUGAAGAUUCAAAUAUUAAAACUGCUGCACAGGUGGCAUGCCAACAGUUAUGGGCUGCUGCCGCUGCCGCGGCUGCUGGUUUACAGUGUGGUGGCAUAAAAACGCCCGAAACAAACAAUUACGGAGUAUUAACAGGAAAUUUGAAUGGACCUCUAAAAUCUAGUCAAUUAUCUCAAGUUGAAAGUUCCAGUAACAUUGCCACUACUACUAGUAAUAAUAACAGUAACAAUAACAAACAAAUACAACAGUUGUCAUGCUCCAAGUCAUCAUCUUAUUCUUCAAACAAAAAAAGCAAUUCUCGUGCACCAAGUCAUUUAGAUACACCAAACGCUAAAAUCCCGAAACUAUCAUCUAGUAAUCAAAUGAAUAGUAGUGGUGGGAACAGUUCCAGUGAAGUCGGUGGGAAACAAUGUAACACUGGAUCAAAUUUAUCGAAAAAGUCGUCUGAUUUACGCAAACAAAAUGAAGCUAUUACAAUGUCAGCAAAUCUCCAUUUCAAUAAUAACAAUGCAUCAACAGGAGUAAAUAAUAGUUUAUCAGCUGCUCAGUUGUCAAUGGCAACACAGAAUUUCCGAAUUCAAACACAACCUGGUGCUCCAAUGGGACUACCACAGAAUGCUAUUGUUGUUACAAUGGAAAUGGGGAAUAUAUUAUAUCAAGGAGUAUUAUUUGGACAAUUAAAACGAUAA